AUGAUGCUUCACGAUAUCAGUCUUAUCGGUAUAGCUCUGGCCAUGGCCUCAAUGAUAUUUAUGGCAGCGGCCACAACGCCGCACUCGACAGACAUCGAAAUUCUCUUCCCGGGCCUGCACGAGAUGGACCUGAACAAUGUGGAAGGAAGUGUCAUGAGUGCCGAUGCCAUGGCCACCACAAUUCAGAUUGACUGCCGAUCUAGCGCGACCAAGCAAUGCACCUCUUCCGGUUAUCUCUUGCCCCAGACUCUCACUGCCGGUCCGUCCUUCCAGGACUUCCAUUACGAUAUCACCAGCUUUUGGAACAACACUAUCUUUAUCGUUACUGGGACUUUAGACUGCAACAUGACCGGAUCAACGCUCGGUGCCUCUUGUUACUUUUCGACCAGCACAUGGGUCUCUAGUGGCACAAAAAAUAUAUCCUCAGUAUUUGCCACGACCGCCUCCAUAUCUUCGGCCAACUUGAAAUAUAACACCCUGGCGGUGCCAUCGGGUUUGGAGAACUUUCCCGUGGAAACUGCUGCCACGAACGCGUCCCCUGGCCAUACGGGGACGUCAACAUCCAAGCCAACGACAACCGCUGUAACGACCUUAGAACAUCACUCGUCCUCGAAGGCCUGGAUUGCAGGCCCGGUAAUCGGUGCCGUGGCUGGCUUGGCUUUGGCUACGGUAGCGGGAUUUUGGUUCAUCAGUCGCAGGCAUAAGAGCAAGGCAGGUCCUGUGUACUGGGAUCCAACACAAGGAAUAUCAGAAGUCUCAGAGAAUCACGCAUGUCUACCCGCGCAGAAUGCUCCAGUCAGUGAACUUUCGGCGAGGAGUCCACCAGCAGAUUUGUCAACUCCGUCCAAACCCCAUGAGAUGGGGUGA